GAGACAGCUGGCAGCACUUCCACUGCCUCCGCAGCUGGGGCUAAUUCUGCUUUCUUCUGUCUCCUUCAACUGUGUUGAGGAGGCCCUAACUCUUGUCUCUAUGCUCUCUGCUGAAGCAACUCUAACAACACCCUUCUGCAUUUCAAGGGGAAAGGCAGCAGCAUUAAAGAAAGCGCGAAAGACUAUUAUUGAUUCUUCUAGCGAUCAUCUUACCCUUAUUAAAGCCUAUCAACUCUGGACACAAGCAGCAGACCCGCAUGCAUUUUGUAGGGAGGUGGGGCUUUCUAAUUCAUCUAUGUUAUUAGCAAGGCGAAUCCGAGGUCAAUUAGAAGACGCACUAAAAGCUUUAGGCGUCAGUACACCCCAGCACCCCACACCAGCAGCAGCAGCAGCAGCAGCAGCAACUGCAGCAGCAACUGCAGCAGUAGAGGAGGGCCUCAGCAGCAGCCAGCAGCAAGCGCUGAAUUUUAAACGAAAUUUAACAAAAAGCUGCUGGCAGCAGGCUGCUUAUUACCAGCCGGAGACCCGUCAGUAUAUCACUGCGGUCAACAGACAAACUGCUAAAAUACACCCCACAAGUGUACUCGCAGAUGCACCCCAACCUCCACA